GCUGCGGAUCCGGCCCUCCCCGAAACCCCCCGGCUGUUAGUGCGGUGUGAAUGCGUGUGUGCUGCUGAGCUAGGCACACAUUAUAUAAAAAAAUAAAAAACAAAAAAAAAUUUAAAAAUCUAAAAACUCUUAAAAAAUCCUUUCUUUUUUCUUUUUUUUAAGAAAACAAGUCGGUGAAGCAGGAGCAGAACUCUCGGCACAUCAGGAGGAGAAACUAACGCUGAAGAACUUCAACCCAAACCCGAGCUAGAAGGCCUUACGACCGAUUUCCUUCGAUUUAACAACUCGUUUAUCUUAAAUUAGCGCCGAUUACUUAAUUUAAUCUCUUAAUUUCUUAACCCCAAAUUCUUAUUUGUAGAUUCGGCGACUAUUUUAACUCGAGCUUUUUUAAAAAAGCCCAUUUUAAGGUCGGACACGUUUUUUUUAAGUUAGCCUAUUGCUAAUCGAAGCUCGUCCGUUGGCGUGAGGAAAGCGCGUGAGCGGAGCUGAAGGAAAUUCAAACGUAUCUUCUGGUCGCUCGAGUUUGGAUCGGAAUCAAAGAUGAACCCCAGCGCUCCCAGCUACCCGAUGGCCUCCCUGUACGUCGGGGAUCUCCACCAGGAUGUGACCGAGGCCAUGCUGUAUGAGAAGUUCAGCCCGGCUGGGGCGAUUCUCUCCAUCCGCGUCUGCCGAGACAUGAUCACACGCCGCUCGCUCGGCUACGCCUACGUCAACUUCCAGCAGCCGGCAGACGCUGAGCGUGCUUUGGACACCAUGAACUUUGAUGUGAUCAAAGGCAGGCCUGUUCGCAUUAUGUGGUCUCAACGCGACCCCUCACUGAGGAAAAGUGGAGUUGGCAACAUCUUUAUCAAGAACUUGGACAAAUCUAUUGACAACAAGGCCCUUUACGACACCUUUUCUGCUUUUGGAAACAUCUUAUCCUGCAAGGUGGUUUGUGAUGAGAAUGGCUCAAAAGGUUACGGCUUUGUGCACUUUGAGACCCAGGAGGCCGCCGAAAGGGCCAUUGAGAAAAUGAACGGCAUGUUACUCAAUGACAGAAAAGUGUUUGUGGGGCGCUUCAAAUCUCGCAAAGAACGCGAGGCUGAGCUUGGAGCCAGAGCCAAGGAAUUCACCAAUGUCUACAUCAAAAAUUUUGGAGAAGACAUGGAUGAUGAGAAACUUAAGGAGGUCUUCAGCAAAUAUGGCAAUUCUAUGAGUAUCCGUGUGAUGACUGACGACAGUGGCAAAUCCAGAGGCUUUGGCUUUGUCAGCUUUGAAAGGCAUGAAGAUGCUCAAAAGGCUGUAGAUGAGAUGAAUGGAAAAGAGCUCAAUGGGAAGCUAAUCUACGUCGGCCGUGCUCAGAAGAAGGUGGAGCGUCAGACUGAACUGAAGCGCAAGUUUGAGCAGAUGAAGCAGGAUCGUAUGACUCGUUACCAGGGUGUCAAUCUUUACGUGAAGAACCUGGACGAUGGCAUUGAUGACGAACGUCUCCGCAAAGAGUUUUCACCUUUUGGAACCAUCACCAGUGCCAAGGUUAUGAUGGACGGAGGUCGCAGUAAAGGAUUCGGAUUCGUCUGCUUUUCCUCUCCUGAGGAGGCCACUAAGGCUGUAACAGAGAUGAACGGGCGAAUUGUUGCCACAAAGCCACUGUAUGUUGCUCUGGCUCAGCGUAAAGAGGAGCGUCAGGCUCACCUUACCAACCAGUACAUGCAGAGGAUGGCCAGCGUCCGUGCAGUUCCCAACCCUGUUCUCAACCCGUACCAGCCUGCCCCACCAUCCGGAUACUUCAUGGCUGCCAUUCCACAGGCCCAAAACAGAGCUGCGUACUAUCCUACAAGUCAGCUGGCCCAGCUUCGACCAAGCCCACGCUGGGCUACCCAGGGUGUCCGACCUCAACACUUCCAGAACAUGCCAGCCACCAUGCGCCCAUCAGCUCCAAGACCUCAGACGUUCGGUGCGAUGCGGCCUCCCUCACAGGUGCCCCGCAUGAUGUCCGCUCAGCGUGUUGCUGCACAGACAAUGGGUCCACGGCCUGCAACAGCUGCAGCCGCUGCUGCCGCAGCUCCGGUGCGCAGUGUGCCACAGUACAAAUACGCAGCAGGAGUGCGCAACCCCCAGCAGCACAUGAACACACAGCCUCAGGUCUCAAUGCAGCAGCCUGCUGUGCACGUGCAGGGACAGGAGCCUCUCACAGCCUCCAUGUUGGCUGCCGCACCUCCACAGGAGCAGAAGCAGAUGCUGGGUGAACGCCUCUUCCCACUUAUUCAGAACAUGCAUCCGACUCUGGCCGGCAAGAUCACAGGCAUGCUGCUGGAGAUUGACAACUCCGAGCUGCUGCACAUGCUGGAGUCUCCUGAAUCUCUGCGCUCCAAGGUUGAUGAGGCAGUCGCUGUGCUCCAGGCUCAUCAGGCUAAAGAAGCCGCUCAGAAAAAUGUAACCAACUCUGCUGGUGUGCCAACCGUCUAAGCAGAGGGACAGAACUUCGAAACUUGCUUCACCGAGGGGGGAAAAAAUGUAACAUUGAAAAACAAAACAUUGCAAAAAGAUUUAAAACUAUUUUAAAAAAAGGAAAAAUGGAACUAGAUUCUGCCAGGUCUGGAAAAAGAGAAUGCUAGGCCUAGUAAAUUAUCUUAAAUAAAAAAAAAAA